GAAGAAGCAGCCACAUUCUCGAUUCUCGAAGGGAACGAAUGGUGGGUUGACUGCCAAAGCGAUCUUGAGAAUCGGAUUUGUUUUUCAGUCUCUCUAAAGACUGUCUGGGACGUUCGACGUGAAAUUUUCGGCGUUAUUUAACCGCGUGCGUUUUACUAUUUUCGUGGUGAGAAUAAAUCAUCGUAUCAAACAGCCAUCAUGUUCCACAGCAAGAGAAGCCGAACCAGAUCUCCUGACUCGGAUGAGAGAGGUCGCGAAGUGAAUCCCAAAUUCUGCACAUUCCAUCUGAAGCGACUUUGUCUUAAAAUCCAAGAGGGCAAGAAGUGUCACAGCAUACACUUCGAUGACGGGGACAGCGGCGGCGAAGAUGACUUGCGUCGUCGUCGCUCAGAUGACGAUGGCGACGAGGAUGAAGAGGAUGAAAGGAUAAGGAGACGUUGUCAACGAUCAUGGCGAGAUGAGAAGAGGUCACAUGAUUACCAUCGUGAUGAAAAGAGGCGAUAUGAUGAUAGAGAUGAUGAUAGAAGAUAUGAUGAUGACAGAAGAAGAGAUGAUGAUGACAGGCAUUACGAUAGAAAUUCCCGCCGAAGCAGCAGAAGUUCGGAACGUCAAAGAUCAAGUAUUGAUGACCUGGAAAGAAUAAGUUCUGAAAGAAAAGAGGCUCAACAGAGUCCAAUUGAUCCAAUAUCAGAGACACUCUCAAGGGAACAAGAGAAAAAAUCUAUCUGUGUAUAUUUCAUACGAGGGCUUUGUAAGCGGGGACACAGUUGUAAGUUUGCACAUCCGGCACCUGAUCCUAGAGCUGAUGUGCUGAGGCAGAUAUGGUUAAAAUGCUGUAAAAGGUAUCCCCUUCAGUGUGAUGGUAAUGAUUGCAGUUACAUGCAUGUAAAACAGGAAGAUGAACUCUACUACAAACAAACUGGCUUGAUUAAUGAACGAGUCUUAGGUUAUGCUAUACGAAAAACCCUGCAACAUGAUAUUCCUGUCAAGAGGAACAAGUCUGUUUGUAAGAAUAAACUUGAUGGUGAGUGCACAAUCGUCAAUUGUACAUUUGCUCAUUUAACAAGAGAAGCAUUUAUUAAGGCAGUUUUAGCUGAGGUGAAAUCAGAAUUUGUGAAGAGUUUUGGACCAAGUGACUGCCUUUUUCAUUCACUGGAGGCACAGAAUGCUAUCAUACAGGCAUUACUGAACCCUCAUUUGCAUUCAGUUCCUCCGCCUCCAGUGUUGGUUCCAACUAUGCCUGCACCAUCGAUUGUGGGUCCUCCAGUUCCUGCACUUAGUGGCUCAUUUCAACCACAAUCUCCAAGUAAAUAUGAUUUAGAUAAAGUUCUUGCUGAGAAACUAAGGCUUGCUAAUGAAAAAAUAGCUGAAGAAAAUGAGAGGUAUAUGAAGUAUGUUGAAUCACUGGAAGAAGAAAAUUUUCAAAUACUACGAGUUUUAGAUCCAGAACAACCUGCUAGGAGUUUAGAUGAUAUACGCCUAAGAAUAUUGGACUUAUUUGAAGAUAUCAAUUGGAACAGCAGUGUAAAACUGUUUGAAAAAUCAUGUGAUUAUCAGCACAAGAAAACUUCAGAGCUGUCAAACCUGCCUGGUGGGGAGGCCCAAGUAAUGAAACCAGAUUCCAUGAGUGUGCCUGUUAUGCCUCAAGGAACACAGCCUGUUUUUCCCCAAGCAAUGCCACCUUUCAACCCAUCACUUGGUUCUCUUCCUCCUGGCUUGCCUUUUAUUCCUGGACCUGUGCCAUUUAACGCUAUGAUGGGUCCUGCAGCUCCUUUUGUACCUAUUGUUCCACAUAUGGGUCCUAUAGUCCCAUCCUUUCCCAGUGUACAAAGUGAUUUAACGUUUCCAGUUCAAGACUUGAAAGGAGGAACUGUUACUCACAGCAAGGAUGCAUACAAUGAAGACAAUUAUAACAGUGAUCCUAUGGAAAUAGUAGAUGAUGGUGCCAGUGACAUGCCUGCAAUGGAAAAGAGGAGAGGGAAGCAAAAUACCAAGCAUAUGUCCACUUCAUAUGAUAACAGAGUUCCUCAUAAUAAUGGCACUUCACGCAAUUUUGAUAAUGCAAAGCCUUCUAAGAUACCUCCCGUUGACUGGGCUUUCAAAAGACAUAUUCAGAAGGUCCAAGAAGAAGGAAGAAAAAGUGAUAAUUAUGUACCAUCAAAACCCCUUGAGGACUUUGAAACUGAUCAAGGGUCAGAGGAAAAUGGAUCAAGUAGCGAACCUCACAGUUUACAAAGUAGUGAUUUAAAGAGGGCCUUAGAUGAGCACUUGCGAAUGGUUGCUCCAAGGAAUUUUGGUAGUGAUCCACCACCUAAGAAGCAAAGAAAAGCUGACCAAUGCAAGCUUGUUUUGGUUAACAUUUCUGAUUCCCAUGAUGAACCUUCAUUGCUUGACUACUUUGAAAAAUUUGGCAAGAUUUUGAAAAUAGAAAUUAAACCAUACUUAGUCAUCAUCAAGUUUAAGGAUGUCACGAUUGUGGAUGAAGUCUUGAAGAAAGGCACACGUCAUCAGGUUAAUGGGUAUGAGCUCCAUGUUAGACGACUAGGAGUUAAAUUAGAAGAUGUGGCUUUGCCAGAUUUUCGUCCUAGAAUCAUUGUUGAAGGUCUGACUGAAGCCCACGACCCAAAAAGUGUAGAAAUGUACUUUUCCCAAUUUGGUAAAAUGACAAGGAUCUUAACGAAGAGAAAUGUGUCAUCCAUUACAUAUGCAGAUGUAUCUGUUGCACAACAAGUUAUUCAUCAGACUGAACCCCAUGUGAUAAAUGGUGAAUUAGUAGCUGUGAAGCAAGAUGUGUACUUUAAACGGAAGAAUGGCAAGGAGGAAGAGGAGGUUGUGUUGCAAUGUGAAGAGAAGUUGUAUGUUGGUGGCCUUGAUCCAACUUGUAAGGAAGAUGAUCUCCAAAACUACUUUUCUGCCUUUGGAGAAAUUCAAGUCAUUGACAUGAAAAAAAAUAAAAAUGGAGUCUGUCGUGGGUUUGGAUUUAUUACUUUUUGUGAUCCAAAGGUUGGAGAAUAUGUACUAUCUAUAACCCAACAUGAGAUAAAUGGGAAGCCUGUAAUUAUUAAUGUGCCAAAGCCUCCUAAUAAAAAACCAUCAUUGAAGUUGGCAGAACCUGAUUUGGGUGUAGACGUGGCAAAAACCCCUAUGGGAAACUCCAGUGUAGCGCAAGUUGAAGACACUGAAAAAUUAGCAGAUGAACUUGUCCUUACUCAAGCUCAAGAGCUGGGGCUAAUGGAAGAAUUGGAACAGGAGGAGGAAGAGGAACUUAAUGAAAAGGACAUUGAGCAAUCAAAAGAUGUUGGAGAAGAAAACUUAAGUGGAGACUAUGUGUGCAAUAAAAAGAAUCUUGAAAACGAUAAUGAAGGGACAGAGCCGGAUGAGAAGGUGGGGCCAAUUGACGAGUGUGACAGAUUGUAUAUAGGCAGUCUUGACAAGAAUUUCUCUGAUGAGGAUCUUUGGAAUUAUUUCUCCUGCUUUGGAAAAAUUAAAGAACUUGAUGUGAAAAGGAACAAGAAAGGACUGUGUCGUGGCUUUGCAUUUGUAACCUUUUGUGAUUCUGAGGCUGCUGGUAUUGCAGUUUUAAAGGACUACCACCAUAUCAAAGGAAUAGCUAUUACAGUAAAAUUUGCUGAGCCUCAUGUUAAAAAAGAACCCAAACCGAUUGAACAAGAGGAGGAAAGACCUUUAGAAAGUGAAAGACCUUUAGAAAGUAAGUCAAUCAGGUCUGAAAUGCUAAAGCAGCCUUUGCAGAGUUCAGAAGUGGAAGAGCCGAAAAAUGAAAUUCUAGAGGAGGAAUUUGAUGACUAUGGCAAAGAAGAACGUGACUUCACGGAAGAACAGUAUGAAAAUAACAUGGAAAAAUAUGAGUGUGAAGAGAACAUUUUUGGAAUUGACACAGAAAUUUAUGAUGAGGAGGCAUCAUAAUUCACAAGUGAUUGUUUUCAAUUAUUUUCGUAAUAAAAAGUUGUAAAAAGCCCCCCUAACUAUUUUUAUUUGCAGAGAGUGAUCCAAAUUCCCAGUAAAACUGAUUCACUUUCUUUGUAAGGUAAGUUUUCAUUUUUUUCCCCAUAAAAUUACAAAUACUUCACUGAUAUAAUGUCAUCAUAAUAGCUUACUUUGCAGUUCAGAACAUUUAGAUAUAUUUUAUUGCUCAGAAGUUGUAAUUUUUUAUGUAAUUUAAAUAUUGUACUGUACAGUCAAUAAAUAAACUGUAAAGGAA